CACUAUUUUCAGCAAAUCUCGCAUAGUUUUAGGGCGAUUUUAUAUGAAUUUUUUUCCUCAAACACUAGUAAAACGCCUUAAAAAGUGACAAAAAUAUAAUAAAAGUAAUAUUAUUGUGAAGUUUGAUAAUAACAUAAAACGAAUAAAAUGUAUUGAAUACGGAAUUAAAGUGUGCAAAUAUAUAAAGAAAAUCUGAACAAGGUGACAAAAUCACAAAGUUAAAUUGUUGUUGUAAAAGGUGCUUCACACAUUGAGUGUAGUUUUGUUGGUGUUGCUUGCAGACAACGGAAAUAACAACAACAACAAAUUAUAAAUAAAUACAAGUGAUUUCCCAUGAUUUUAUUAUAAAAAACAGAACAACAACAAACCAUAAUAAAAACAACUUCAAUCAACAAAAACUUGUUAAAAAUCUUUCGAAAAUAAACAAAUUAUUGGCGCCAUUGCAACUUCAGCAACUUAUUUGGAUUUUACUUCCCAUAUAUUUUUUGUUUAUCAAAUAAAUCGCUUCUGAAGAGGAAUUUUUAUUGCUCGGUGUUUUUCAAAAAAAUAUUGCAUCAUGGGUCUGUUAAUAUCGAAAAUAUGGAGCAUGUUUGGAAAUGAAGAACACAAACUAGUAAUGGUCGGUUUAGACAAUGCUGGCAAAACCACAAUACUCUAUCAAUUUCUUAUGAAUGAAGUCGUCCACACAUCGCCCACAAUUGGCUCCAAUGUCGAAGAAGUUGUGUGGCGGAAUAUACAUUUUCUGGUAUGGGAUUUGGGUGGCCAACAGAGUUUGCGAGCAGCAUGGAGUACAUACUAUACAAAUACAGAGUUCAUUAUAAUGGUUAUCGAUUCAACGGAUCGUGAACGUUUGGCUGUGACACGUGAAGAACUUUAUAGAAUGCUGCAACACGAAGACUUGAGCAAAGCCAGUCUGCUGGUUUAUGCCAAUAAACAGGACUUAAAAGGCUCAAUGUCAGCUGCUGAAAUAUCACGUCAAUUGGAUUUAACCUCAAUUAAAAAACACCAAUGGCACAUACAAGGCUGCUGUGCGUUAACGGGCGAAGGACUCUAUCAGGGUUUGGAAUGGAUUGUUCAACGCAUCAAAAAGAAAUGACAUACUCAAAUGGACUGCGAUAGUAGUUUAUAGUUAAAUCAAUAAUUACUAUUUAUAUAUUAUUAAAUAAAAUAACAACAACAUUUAUAAUAAUUUUAUAUAUAUACAAAAGAAAAAACCCAAGAAUGAUGAAUUAAAAAAAAACAAUUUAAUUAUUUGUAAGUAAAUGUAAUUUGUAAAUCUUAAACAUCUGAAGACACAUUUUAAAGCAGCCCUUAAAGUUUUAUAUUUAUAUAUACACAAUACAAAUCCUCCAUUAUGAAUUAAACACAAAAAGUAUAAGUAAAAAAACAACAUAAAGGAUUUAUUUUCGAAUCCCUUUAAAAAUAAACCUAAAACUAAAAAAAUUAAAAAGAGUAAAAGUUGAAUAUAAGGAACUCAUAUUUUGACAAGCUUAACAGCUAUUAAACAUAUUUAAAUUAAUUUGAAAUUCAACGAAAUUAAAAGUUUAAAUACUCUAGGACUUUUACUCUUUUUUAUUUAUUAGUUUCGGUUUAUAACAUUUACAGUUUUGUUUAAUUUUUUAAUUUAAGUUUCAUUAUCAUUUAAAACUUACCAGAGAAAUGAAAAAAAUAACUGUAAAUUAUAUAAAAAACCCUAGAAAAAUAUAAAUACUUAAUGAGAAUUUAAAGAAAUGUAAUUUUUAUUGACGACAGGCGCCUUUUUUAUUAAAAAAAAUCUAAUUUACCAAAGCGCAUUGUAAGUUUUUUUUAAGACAUAAAAUUAAAUUUUGAUUUUCGAUUGCUUUAAUUUGUUUUCAUUUUAUUUACAAAUUUUAACUGUUUUUUAGUUGUUUAUUUUAAUAAUCAAAUCUAAUUUAAAUUAUCUAAUAAGAUUUUUAUAAUAUUUUCUUUAACAAAACAAAUUCAAUUAAUUAUGUACAAUUACUGUGUGCUCUUAAUUCAAAUAAAUUUAUUUAGUAAAAUAUAUUUUUAAUUUUAAAAUAAAAAUUGAAAACUUAAACAAAUUUUAAAAAUUACUUUAUUUGUUUUUCUUUUUAUUUUUUGUUGAAAUUUAUUUAUUUGGCCGACGUUUUUUAAUUUUAUUACAAAAAUAUAUAAUUUAAUUUAAGUUUUUAAAAGUUGUAAAAAGAAAUUAAGAAUUAUACAAACAUUUAAUGCAUACAAAUUCGAAAUAUUUGCCAAAACUCAAAGCAGACAUAAAAUUAUAUAAACUUGUAUUUGUAAAGUUAAACAAUAAAAUAAUUAUAAAUAAAUAAUUAAUAAAUAUUAUAUAAAAAAUAUGAACAA